GCGUAGCGAUACCACCUGCACAGCGGUGCCCAACUGACCAGUCGGCGCUGUCAGAUCCCACCCUGCACGACUCUGCAGGUCCGGCACUGGAUGAUGUCGCGAUGCAGCAACAGCGAGGCAUUUGCGCCGGCAUGCCACGCAGCCCUGUGCUAGCGCAGGCCCAGCCGUCCCCAGAUCGCCCGCCGAUUGAACGGCCGCCAGCCUGCCCUUAUCCACCCGCAUCAAAGGGCCCUCUCGCCCAGUCGGAUCGCGCAAAAGAACAACCACCUGCACCAGACCAGGCUCAAGGCACACCGACUUGCGGGAGCCGAAGACUCUUCAUCGCGGCACGCCCAUUCAACGUGGUGGAGAAUUGUUGGAUAACAGAAACCGCUUGCCACCAAUCAGAUAUCUUCGAAUUUCUUGCUUUUCCGUUCUUUGCUUGCCGUCGGCUGCUUCCGUCUCUUCACUCUCAUUGUCGCAAAGAAAGAUGCCAGAUGCCUGUUCGGCCCACUCUUGCUCUGCCGUCUCUCGGUCAGAUGUAGGUGGGUAGUCGCAUGCCCUGAGGAAGUUCAUCCCCUCGGCUUAUCACUUAUCAGCUCGUCCCGUCCCGCAACGUUGACGGCUCACGGGCCUGGACCAACAUUCUCGGGUGGGUUCCCGCGGAGGUUCUGCGCGCGCUGAAGAACAUGGCUACGGUCCACCCGGGCCGUUGUGACCUGAAGAACUCCGCAACCAUCUUGCAACCGUCCAGAGAAGUGCCGACGAGACUCCGAUGAAGCACCCUGUUGUGAAGCUUCCACGAGAACGGAUUACUUCACUCCCCUAGGCUAGGUG